GUCCAUUUGAGUCUUCAUCGAGCGAGCGAUCCGGGAUCGAUCCAUGCAAGAGCUGGGCGAUGGGGUGCUGAAGCAGGUCUUGCGCUUGGGCGAUGGCCCUGUGCCUCAGAAGGGCGACCGCGUCACGGUGCACUACUCCUGCCAUCGGCAAGAUGUCCUCCUGGACGAGUCCAGAGGCCGCGAAGCCAUGUCUUUCGCGCUGGGCGCAGGCGAGGUGAUCGCCGGCUGGGAGCGAGCGCUGGCCUCCAUGAAGCAGGGCGAGCUGGCGGCGCUCGAGGUCCCUCCCGAGAUGGCCUACGGGGAAGCCGAGGUCGCAGGGGGAGUCGGCCCCUUACGCUUCGAGCUGGAGCUGCUGGAGGUGCUGCCGGCCGCUGAGGUGCCCUUCCCCGUGAAGGAGGACAUGUCCGCGGAGGAGAGGCUGCUGCAAGCCGCCAAAGAGAAGGAGGAGGGCAACGUGCAUUUCAAGGCGGGCAGCUUCCAGGAAGCCAAAGAAGCUUACCUGAACGCGCUCUACCUCUUGGGCUUUGAGGCCGAUUGCGACCAGCGCUCCGAAGAGGGGGUUUGGUUGGACGCGUUUCGCCGGGAAACGCGGCAGAAGGUGGCUUUGGCAUGCCAGCUCAACCUGUGCCAGUGCCUGCUGAAGCUGGAAGAAUAUCUGGCGGCAGUGCAGUCUGCCUCAGCGGCGCUGGAGCUGGACGGGGCCAACUCCAAGGCGCUGUACCGCCGGGGCCUGGCGCAGCUCGGCGCCGGCGAGGCGAAGUUGGCGAGGAGCGACUUGGCGGCCGCGGCGCGGCUGGAGCCCAGGAACGCGGAGAUCCGGCGGAGCUUGGAGUCGUGCCAACAGCGGCUGGCCGGCGAGAAGACGGCCACCAAGGAGGCGCUCGGCGGCUUCCUGUCGCGGUGAGCUCGCGCGAGUUUGCCGCGAGUCAGGCUGAGGCGCCGUUUGAGCUGCAGCAGCUGGGGGCGCGC